UUUAUGGCAUUUCAUUGUUAAGACGUGGAUUUAAUUAUUUAAAAAAUACAAACAAAUUACAAAUUGUAAAAUAAAGUGCAUAGGUUAGUUCAUGUUAGUUAUAUACGUAGUAAUUACCUACAUAUAAACAAAACUCAAUUUUGAAUGUUGUAGUAUACUUUUGCUAUACGUAAAAACACCAGUCAAUUAGUAUAUAAGUUGUACAUACAUGUGUGCUGUGAUUUAAUACCAAUUAUUGCAUACAAAUAUUAGGUGUAAUGAAAAAGGGAUCUGGGUGCAUAAAUAAUUCUUAAAUAUCGGAUUUCGGUUUUGUUUACAAUUGUGGAUUAAUAACAAUUUUGUAUAGGAACAUAUGAUGGUGGAGCAUGCUCCACAAGUCAAGCACGAUGAGCAGUUUCCUUUACUGAAGGUGGACAGCGGUGGCGGUGAUGGCACUAUAAACCAAGCACCAACUGUAGUCGCUCCAGGAUGGAAUGUCACUCGCUCCUCCAAACGAUCAUGGCUCGACCGCUGGCCCGAGUUCGUCUCGGCUUUGUGGAUGACUGGCAUUCUAUUAGGAAUAUCUUUGCUGGUGAUGUACGCUUUGAGUACAGGAUUGAUCCGAAAGCAGCCCAUCAUAAUACUUAACUGUAACGAUACCACGAAACCUACUAGCCAUGUAUACUAUCAUCACAUAGGUCAACUUGGAGGUUUCAUACCAUUUCUACAGUACUCAAGAUACUUAGCUGAUAUGGCAACUCAAUAUCCAUUUCUAAAUUUUCACGUAUUUUUUCUGUUAGACGAUUCAUUUCAAAGUGCUAUUUGUAGACGUUCUAAAAUUUUUAGUAAAAUAUACUAUCCGAGCACAGACAAUAUAGCUUACAACUUCGAUAAACCAAAUCUUAUUGCAUUGCGUGAUUUUCAAAAGAGCUAUAAAAAUGUGAAUAUUUCCGUACUGCCUUUGAGUAAGUAUAUGGCGAUGACACCCAUGAAGCAUAAAUGGAGGAAUAUACCUGUGCCAUACUUACCCUUCUAUGCAAGAGUUUUUUCCAUUUGGCAAAACGCAGGUAUCGCCAUUGAUUUAGCGACUUUUAAUUAUAAAUAUCAAAGGCGUCAAGGAAUCGAUCGAAGAAUUUCUACUAUUUUACAACAACACAAUGACGGUAUUAAUUCUAAAGAAUAUACAAAUUAUUUAAGCUAUAUAAAGAAAGAAGAGAAUGAACUUUUCUCAGUAUUUUCUGAUUUUAUUAGUCAAAUAUGGAAUGAUACCCAAGUGUUUUUUAAUUCAACACUUCCACUUAACCCAUUUAAUAUAGAAAAGAAGUCUGUUCAAAACACACCACAUGUACGUACAUAUAGAAAUAAACGAGACGUUAUGACCAAAAAUGACACUAGUAAUAAGACGGUCGCAGCAGUCGCAAACACAGGUGGUUUAAACAAUAGUCAUUCUCCAAUUGGUUAUAUUGGCAUAAUGAAUAAUAUCAAUAAAUUAAAUAAUAUGACAAAAAUACUGUACAGUACCAUGCCAAAAAUAUAUUUCAAUAAUACGACCGAACGAGUAAACUUUACCGGAAUGAAUGUCAAUUACGAACAAGGAGCAAAUAACUUUCACAAAAUGGCAAAAAAUAUUUCAAUAGUACCUCAAGUUGUUUUUAUGUAUGAUAUCUUAUUAGUUGCCGAUAGUAUUGGACCCACAUACAUGACUGAUGAGCAAGUGAAUAAAUCUAUUCGAUCUGAUCCUCAUAAUGAAGUUAAAAGUAAAGUAAUUAAUGAUGAUCAAUCUUAUAUUCUCUCUAUUGAUUCAGAAGGUACUUUUAUAGCAGCUACGUCCCGUCUCCAUCCAUUUUUAGGACAUUUACUUUCUGUUGCAUGUCAAAGAAUGCACCCUAAAUUUGCUAUUCAAAAUACAUUAAUAACGCAAUGUGCUGGUACAUUUAGAAAUGACGUGUAUUGCAAUAAUAUUUAUUUAUUGUAAUUCUUUAUAUAUUUGUAAAGUUUCUUAAAUAUAAGAUCUGUAAAUUAAUUGUUUCCGUAUUACGUAUUUUAGCAUAUUAUAAUACUUA